AUGACUUUAGUCAAAGGAUUAUUAGCGAAAGAUUUUGAAGUCAAAGAUCUUAGGACACUAAGAUACUUCCUGGGUAUGGAUAUUACUAGAAGCAAAAGAGGUAUUUAUGUCUCACAAAGAAAAUACACUUUUAAUCUUCUCAAAGAAACUGGAAUGCUUGAUUGUAAGGCUAGCAAAACUCCAAUUGAACCCAGCAACAAAGACCAAAUUCUUAAAGGAGAACCAGUUGACAAAGGAAAAUAUCAACAGUUAGUUGGAAAACUCAUUUAUCUCUCACUUACUAUACCAGACAUUGCUUUUGCGGUAAGUCUAGUAAGUCAAUAUAUGCAUGACCCACGCCAAGGUCACCUCAAUGUUGUAUAUCGAGUUUUGAAGUAUUUGAAGGGAACUCAAGGGAAAGGGUUGUUUUUCAAGAAAACUAUUACAAGAAAAGUCAAAGUAUUCACUGAUGCAGAUUGGGCCGGAUUGAUUGAUGACAGAAAAUCUACAUCAAGAUACUAUACUAUACUAUGGGGCAACUUGGUAACAUGGCGAAGUAAGAAACUGACUUUUGUUGCGAGAAGCAAUGCAGAAGCUUAA